AUGACCGAAGACACCCUCACAUUCAGCGAGGAGGAUCUCGAGACCUUGGUAGAACCACACAACAAUGCACUGGUAAUUUUAUUUCUUUUAAGCAACAUUCGAAUUAAACAUGUGCUUGUGGAUCCAGGUAGCUCGACAAACAUAAUCAGGUCUACGGUAGUAGAACAGCUUGGUUUGCUCGACCAGAUUGUACCCGUCUCUCGGGUCCUCCAUGGCUUCAACAUGGCUGGCAAAUUCACGAAAGGAGAGAUUGCCCUCCCAGUUGACAUGUCCGGUACAGUUCAGAACACCAAAUUCCACGUUAUCGGCGAUGAUAUGGUGUAUAAUGCAUUGCUCGGCAGACCAUGA